AUGUGGACGAAGGAUGAUUCUUGUGAAGAAGUGAUCCGGGAGAAGUGGCAGACAGAUAGGGAAGGUUUCGAGCAGUUUCGUUUGCAGGGAAAACUUUAUAGCACAAGGUUGGGUUUACUUAACUGGAAGAGGCAGGUUUUUGGUGCCCGGCAUGAGGAGAUGGCCUAUAUUAGUAAGCAGCUGGAACAAUUUUUGUCCCUUCCAUUUGCAGUGUCUGACCUUCCCGAAAGACAAGUGCUACAAGAGAGAUUUCAUACUUUGCUGGAGCUGGAGGACACUUUUUGGAAGCAAAGGUCGAAAGCUACUUGGUUGAAGGAUGGUGAUAGGAACACGCAUUUCUUUCAUCAAAAAGCAUCCAACAGAAAGCAGCGAAAUUACUUAAAGGGUUUGUUCGAUUCAUCUGGAGUUUGGCAAGACACUCCAGGAGGUAUCGAAACAGUUGUUUUGGAUUAUUAUAAUUCACUGUUUCGAUCUACAAAUGUUUCUGAUGUGCAAAUGGAGUCAGUUCUUUCUUCUGUGGUACCGGUAAUAACGCCAGACUUGGGUGCCUCCUUAUUACUUGAAUGCUCUGCGGAAGAGAUUAAAGCAGCACUGUUUCAGAUGUAUCCUACAAAGUCUCCAGGUCCAGAUGGUAUGCCUCCUCUAUUUUAUCAAAAAUAUUGGCAUAUUGUAGGUGAUGAUAUUGUGACUGCUGUGCGUGAAUUUUUAUCUACUGGUAAUUUGUUGAAAGAGGUUAAUUUCACUCAUGUUUGUUUGAUUCCAAAAGUGAAAAAUCCUACUGAAAUGUCCCAUCUUCGUCCAAUCGCCCUUUGCAAUGUGGUUUACAAGAUUUGUGCAAAGGUGCUUGCAAAUCGUUUGAAGCCUAUUCUUGAUCAGAUUAUUUCCCCAUAUCAGAGUGCUUUUGUUCCCGGUAGGUUGGUAACAGAUAACACUUUGGUUGCUAAUGAAGUGGCUCACUACCUAUGGAAUAAGACAGAUGGAGGUGGAGGUCACCUUGCUCUUAAGCUUGACAUAAGUAAGGCCUAUGACAUGAUGGAAUGGUCUCACUUGAGAGCUAUGUUAUUACGGUUGGGCUUUCCAUGUCAGUGGGUUCAGGUUGUGAUGGAGUGUGUGACUUCUGUUCGGUAUUCUUUUCUUAUCAAUGGUAAUCCGAGAGGCUACAUAACUCCUACAAGAGGUCUCAGGCAAGGAGACCCUCUUUCUCCCUAUUUGUUCCUUUUAUGUACUGAAGGGUUUUCCUCACUCAUUCAAAGGAUGCACAAUAAUGGCUCUCUAGUGGGGAUUAAGAUAUGUAGAAGGGCCCCGGUUCUUCAUCAUCUCUUAUAUGCAAAUGAUAGUUUUCUCUUUGCCGAGGCUACUCCUGCCAGUUGUCAGUUGAUUAAUUUUGGGAAGAGUAGUGUUUGUUUUAGUCGUAAUUUAUCACUAGAAGGGCAGCAGGAUUUAGCGGAUUUAUUGGGUGUUGAUUUGGUGUCGUACCAUGAAAAAUAUCUUGGGUUGCCUACUCUUGUGGGGCGCUCCAAGAAGGAUACUUUCUCAUAUUUGAAGGAUAGAUUGAGGAAGAGGCUAGCGGGGUGGAAAGGAAAAUUUUUAAGUGGUGCGGGAAAGGAGUUAUUGCUGAAAGUGGUGGCCCAAUCUCUUCCAAACUAUGCUAUGAGUUUCUUUUUAUUACCUCAAACUUUUUGCAAUGAGCUGCAGCAAAUGUGUGCCAAUUUUUGGUGGGGUGACUCAACGAAUGGGAGAAAAAUUCAUUGGAGCUCUUGGAAUAAUAUGUGUGCCCUAAAGGACCGAGGAGGGUUGGGUUUUCGUAAUCUUUAUGCUUUUAAUCUAGCCAUGUUGGCCAAACAAGCUUGGAGAAUUAUAGAAAAUCCAAACUCACUUUUGGGGAGGCUCUACAAGGCACGGUAUUUUCAUUCCAAAACUUAUUGGGAGGCUUCUUUGGGGGGAGCUCCUUCUUAUUCUUGGAGAAGCAUUUUAGCUGCACGGCAAGUGGUUGAACUAGGCUCAAGAUGGCAAGUUGGAAAUGGUGCUACAAUUGCUAUUUGGGAGGACAGGUGGAUGCAUAGGCCUCUUGGGUUUCGGCCCUUGCUACCACUUAGGAACCCUACUACUUUGAGGUAUGUUCAUCAGCUUAUUGAUAUGGCUAAUGGCUGUUGGAAUGUCCCUUUAUUGGAGAGUUUAUUCCCUAGUGAGGAUGUGGAGGUUAUUAGCUCAAUCCCUUUGAGUUCUAGAUGUCCUGAGGAUAAACUGAUUUGGCAUUAUGAUAGUAAGGGAGUUUUUUCAGUGAAUAGUGCUUAUGUUAUGGCUAGAGACAGUUUGAUCCUCCCAGUCAUGGCUACUUCUAGCUCCUCUCCUCAUCAGCUUAUUGAUACUUUUUGGAAGAAGUUUUGGAAGUGCAAGGUGCCGGGUAAAGUGAAACUUUGUUUAUGGAAAGCUUGUCAAGAUUUUCUCCUUACUAGAUCUAAUCUAAUUAAGAAGAAGGUGGAAGUGGAGCUUUUUUGCCCUUUAUGUGAAAAUGAGGAAGAAACCCCUCUUCAUAUUUUUCGUUAUUGUUCUAUUGCAAAGCAGAUGACUCAUCACUUGUCUGGUAUGUUGGGUUUCUCUCCCUCACUUUCUCUUAAGGAAUGGUUGAAUUAUUGUAUGGAGAAAUUACCUCACUCAUCGUUUUGCCGUCUUUUGGUGAAACUGUGGUUUUUGUGGAAAGCAAGGAAUGAUAAAGUGUGGGAGAAUAGACAUUGUGAGCCUCGAUCUCUCCUACUUAGUGCUCAAGUUUGGCAUGCCAAUUAUCUUCACGCAAAUAUUUCACCCCCCAAGGUCCCACGCAAUAAGCAUGCCUGGACGAAGCCUUAUGUUGGUUGGUUCAAUGUUUGCAUGUAUGGAGCUUUUGAUAUGCACUCUCAUUCUGGUGGUGCAGGAAUUGUGGUACGUGAUUCAAAUGGUUCUUUUAUUUGUGGGAUGGCCAUUAGUUUUGAUCAGGUUUUUUCUCCUGCUCAAGUGGAGGCACUAGCUGGUAGAGUAGCUUGCAAGCUGGUUCUUGACCAGGGUUUGGGUCCAGUUCGUCUAGAAUCGGACUCCUUAUUGUUAGUACAAGCUAUGCAUUCUAUCCAAGAUUCUUUUAUUCAGCUCCGAGUUGUUUAUGAGGAUAUUUUGGCCCUCUUUUCUCAGCUGCCUGGAAGUACUUUCUCACACUUGAAUCGAGAAGGGAAUACUGCUGCUCAUUCUCUUGCUCGUUGGGCAUUAUGUAAUAGGUCGUGCAAUGUUGUUUUUACUUCUACACCUCCCUUUCUAGAGGAGAUUAUUUCUAGAGAAUGUACUUAA